GAAACGAAACAAAUCCUCAAACGUCUCGUUCCUCUUUAAUCAUAAAAACAUUGAUCCGAUAUUGGUUUCGUUAUUGAGUGUUUUUGUCACGUGAACCCCAACCAGCCAGCCAAAUGAGGUGCUGCAUUGUCGGCUGUGAAACGGACGACGAGAUUGUGAGCCACACGUCCGUGUUUUUCGUCAGCUUUCCAAACACUGCCACCCUGCGCCAGCAAUGGCUGGAUGCGUUGGAUGUACACGAACCCGACCAGAUGCAGGCCCUCAUGGACGGGGACGUGAAAAUAUGCAGCAACCACUUUCAGCAGCAUUGUUUCGCCAUUCACCCGCGGUUCAACUUCCGGUUCCUGCGGCCGGAUGCCAUUCCCACGAUCUUUUCGGCGCUGCAAAGCGAAAAAGACGACAACGAACACGAUGACCCGCCUCUGAUGGACAUUGCGCUUCCAGCAGCCACCGACGAUGGGUACUUGGUAAUGUUGCAAGAACCGAAAGUACCGCCCCUUGACUGGGACAGUCCCGAAGUGAACCAAGUGUCGGAUUCAGCAACGAACAAUGAUCCGGAUGAGGAAGAACAGGAAGCGGAGGAAGAGAUUGGAAUAUUGUCGGCAAACGGUAACAUCUACUUCCUUAAAAUGGAUCCCUCAUCGGACGACACGAAGACGGACACGCUGUCCGCGGUUGCGGAGGAAGUCGAAGACGCCAGUGCACCGGUGCGCGAUGGCUGUGACGAUGUGGAAGCGCAGAUCGAGGGUACGGUCAUAAAAGUGGAGGCAGAUGUGCACAGCGCUACGGAGGAAGACACCGGUGAAGCUGCUGUGUCCGCUUCGCACAUACCGAGCAGCUCCGACGAGGAAUCGACCUGUCGGACGGAGUACUUGGCAAGUUCAGUCCAUGAAGAUGGGAUAUCCCUUUCAUCGCAAGAGUACGAUUCCAUCGAGGCACUGGACGAGGUGUCCGUCCAAGGGAAUAGUUGGAGAAUGCGAACCCCACCACCCCGUAACCGCCCCAAGCGAGUUAAUCGUCACUUUUGUGCCGACUGCGGCAAAGGAUUUCCCUUCCAAAGUUCGCUUACGAAGCACGAACUCGUACACAACGGUGAGAAACCUCACGUAUGCGAUGUUUGUGAGAGAAGAUUUUCGCAAAAAAACAACCUCAAAGCGCACAUGUCAGUCCACACUGGCGAACAACCAGAACGACGCCACGAGUGUGCGGCCUGUGGGCUAAAGUUUCUUCGCUUCAGCGCACUGAAGGUGCACCUGAAAAUGCACCUACGGCACUUUCCGUAUGAGUGUCACGCGUGCCAGGAGCGGUUCUCCGACGUGACCAAGCUGUACCAGCACGUCCGAGUGGCGCACCGGCACGAGACGACGGUGCGCGAAUGUUUAAACACGAUCGUGCACAAUGAAAACGUGGUCGUGAUCAAUAAGCUCACCGAUGAGAAAUUGGAGGUGCGUCAGGAGGACGGUUUCUGGUGGUGCCCGGUUUGUGAUGUGUCCUUCAAGUUCCAGUCAGGAAUGCGCAAGCACAUGCGCAAAAACCACCCCACAGUGUACACCUGCAGCUACUGUUGCGCCAACUUUCCCUACAAAAGUUUGCUGCAGAAGCAUAUGACGGUGCACACGGGCGAGAAACCGUUUCGGUGCGAUUUCUGCGAUGCCAUGUUCUCGCAGAAAACCAACCGGGACGGCCACAUGUUGCGCAAGCACGAGCCAGAACUGAAGCAGGCCAAGAUGGGAUGUCACAAGUGUCCCAGCUGUGGCAAUGUCUACUUGAAGGCCAGUAUGCUGAAGAAGCACUCGUGUCGGCAGUUGACCCGAGCCAAACGUAGGAAACGGUGCACUACCGAUAGCAAAACCGCCCAGGCGAACCAACCUGGCGCUGCAGAUGCAAGCGUGUCGGAACGGAACCAGACGGCUCAAGACAUCGACGGGAUGGAGGUACAGCCAUUCGACCCCGAGCAGUACAUCGUGGAGGAUGAAGACAUUUCAGACGUUGUCCCUUUGAACGAUGAAACCUGCAUCGCGGAGGCACUCUGUUGAGGCACACGCUCUAUGUUUAAUGUACGAAUGGUUGAUAACGACAAGCUAAUCAAUGUACCCAAUGUGCACAAACUUUAAUACAAGCUAACAGUACGGACAGAGCCCUCAUUGUAGCACGGUUUAUUCAAUGCCGAAAGCUGCGCACGACCGAUCCAGGUCCAGGAUCCAGGCGCAACCUAUCAGCAGCGUUAACGCGUUGCGCUCCCCAACCGAAGUGCGCUUCAGGCCAUGUUUCGGGUAACCUUCCGGAAGUAGUUCUGCAUCUGCUUCAUCCGGCCGUCCUGCAGCUUGCCGACGCGGCCCAUCAGCUGCUCGUGGCGGCAGACUUCGCAGAAGUUGCGCGUCACCACGUGCAUCGGGCUGCGGUAGUACACGUCCUGGCGGCGGCCGCCGGCCCCGUUCUUCCGGUGUGCCCACAUGUGCAGCAUGACUUCCACGAAGGAAAUGAGCAGCGCGAACAGCUUCGGCGUCAUGAAGAACAGCGGCAGAAGGUAGAGCAGAUGGGCGCUACAUUUGUAGCCGA